GCCAAGCUGCUGGACAUCCCGAGAAUCAUUAGAGGCUUCUGAGCCAGCGAAGGUUCUGGUCCUGUCCGACUCAACAUACACAAAAGCCAUGACAACCUUUUUGGGACACCUGGUGCCGGCGGUAGGUUUCCUCCUCUACGCAAUCUACUACUCGGUGCUAACGUCCUUGGCCCUGCUACAGGAACAGAGGGUCCUCCAGCACCCCAUGCUCCCAAGGAAGCUGGGGGGACACAAGCUGGCUUGGCAGGUAUCGUAUGAGGCACUGGCGAAGGUGGUUUUCCCCAUCAUUAGCAUUUUUGGUGAAUGGUUCUUCCCGAUAGGGGUCAACCGUUUCAAGAUGAUAGACUGGAAAGACCCUCGGCGGCCGUUCGUUUUCAAGGCAGUCUGGGAGCAUAUAACCAUGUUUGGCUUCUUUGUUCUCAGUGGGGUGGUGGACCUUGUGUGCCAGUCCCACCCAUCGUCCCGUUGGAGCUUGAAGCUGGAACGUGCGGCUGAGGCCCUGACUCUGUACGUGCUGGCACUGAUGAUGAUAAGUCACGCUGAGAGCAAGACCCCCCUGGAUAACCGAGUACAUUUGCUGCUAGUGGUGCUUGCCUUCUUGCUCGCGCUGGUGGCCACUGUAGAGAUAUGGCUCCCCGACCAGGCCCCGCUCUGGGUCCUCAAGUGCUGGCUGGGGAUGGUGUUCAGCACCUGGUUGAUGCAGAUCUGUGAGAUGUUCAUACCUCUCACUGGACAGCCCUGGCAGAAAGACAGCCCUACGGAUAUGGCAUUUGUAACCAUCUUUUUCUGCUGGCACCUGGCCUUAGCGGCCGCCUUGUUGACUACUAUCUAUGGCCUCUGCAGACUCUGGCACUGUCGCUCUUCUUCCCGGACGAAGACUCCCAGUACUAGGUACCAGCGGUGCCCUAUGGAAUCCAGUGGUGAAGAACUAGAAAAGCUCAGAGCUGAAGCCGAGCCACAGGAUGGAGGUGCAUAGGAACUGAAGCCAUCUUGACUGUGUAUUCACAGGCACAAUCUGGACUCCGCACAGCUUUUCAUCCCAGGACCUAGCUUCCUUACCCCCAAAUAAACCCUCUAGCUCCGAGGAUGACUUCUUACUUAUCUCUUUGUUCCGUCCAGGUCAGUCUCUCACCUGUUUCCUUAUCUUUAUGGUUUCUGGUCUUGCUUGUGCAAAGAACAAAAUAGUACUUUUCUGUAACAGCUUUGGGUAGCUUUUUCUUAGAAAAAAAAAGAAAAGAAAAGAAGGAAGGGAGGAAAAGAAAAUAGAAUAGAAAAGAAAAGAAAAGAAAAGAAAGAAAGAAAGAAAGAAAGAAAGAAAGAAAAGAAAGAUACUGAGUAAGUCUACUUCUGACCUGAGAAAGUAGGGAUGAGGAAGUUGGUCGCAUUGAAAAAGGGGUCAGGUCAAGGGCUCGGGUCAGAAUAGAGGGUCCUGGGAAGAAGUCUUGAUGGUGGUUGUAAUAAGGUGGUUAUGGUGUAAUUAUAGGGCUGCUGAGCUGCUCAGAGGGUUGUCAGCCCCUGCUCCAAGUCUGAGGACCCGAGGUCUGUCCCUGAGACGCAAAGUGCUCAAGGAGAGACUUAUCCCCUGACACACACACACUAAAGAUAACACAAUGUAAUUAAAAUGUUUAAGCAAAGUUAAGGACUUCGCAUGCAUUUCACAGGUAGAGUGCUUGU